AGAGAGAGAGAGAGAGAGAGAGAGAGAGAGAGAGACGAGUGUUCUCUGCUAUUUUCGAGACGCCGCGAAGCCUUGCCAAAGCGUGUGUUGGCCUCCGUGAAAAACGAGCGGCGAGAAUCGCGGCCGGAAGGUCGCGCGCGGCGAUUCACAUUUCCGCUCGUUUUCGCAAAUCCGAAAGCCGGAGGUAUUUUACGCGUCGUCAGGCGUCGUUUUCCGCGUUCGCAUGUGUCGCGGGUCGCGCAUCGACCUAUGUCAACGUAAAUUAAUUCCUUGUGAAUCAACGAGUGUGACGAAUUACGUACCGCGAGCGAUUAGCGGCGAGAUUGCAAUGUAAUCGCUCUCGCAUUUUUGGUUCGUCGAUAAUCCCGGAUCUGUGAUCCGGAUUGUUUCAACGACAAUUGAGAGAAUUCCCGUUAUCUGGUUAAUUAAUCUCUGUUUCCGCAACACACACACACACACACACACACACGCCAGUCAUGUGCGCGAUUUAUCACAGCGCUAGGUGACAAACUGUCACGGAAAAUCGAACGUUUCGCCGAAAACCAACAAACAAAUCGCCAGCCGUUCUUUACGCCUCUUCUUCGCUUCGUGUGUCGCGACAGAGAGAGUGCCUCUUCGCAAUUGUGUCGCGUGUGCGUUUUCCUUCUUUCUCCCCCCCCUCCCCUCCGGUGAAGGAUUUUCGUCACGUUCUUCAUUCAUAAUUUUCGUUACGCGACGAUAUAUCUCUCGCGUUUUUUUUCUCUUUUCACGAGGGCGCGAGACGACCCUCGGGAAUUCUUCUAUCGUUGCGGGCGAUAGGCCGAACACAAACGACGACGCGUCGAACGAGAGAAAAGGUGAGGAGAGACAGAGAGAGAGAGAGAGAGAGAGAGAGACGAGAAAUCUAUUCCCCCUUAGAUCCGAUCGAGCUUCGCUUUUACGAGGAGAAGCCGACCGUGUUUAUCGGCUGUAAAACGCACGCGGCCGACCGAUAACGUCUCUCGCGAAAAUCACUUUACGCACACGCAAGAAGAUAAAAGACCGUGAAAGAGUGUGAGAGAGAGAGAGAGAGAACGGGAAUCUACGUAAAGAAUUACACAAAUCCGAUUGCGUUUGGCAAAUACAAUUUACGCUCGUUAGAAUGAAAAGAGGAUUUCGCGCCGAUUAUCCUGCCCGUUCGCUUGUUGUAACGUAAGAGAAGAAGAACGCGCGCGCGGGUGGAUGUUUGUUUCGCGAAGAGAAAAAAGUUUGCGCGAAUUCAUCGGGCGAGCGAAGCUUCGAACGUUACGCCGGGGAUGAGGAUGAUCGACAGUGGAAAGAGAAAAUAAAAGGAACGCGCCGGUGAUCGAUAUGUAACCGUUGAAUGCAGAAGAGAGUCGUUUCCCGCGUCGUGUGACACGAGGAGGAACGAAACAAAACAAAACAAAACAAAAAAAAAUAACCGACACGGCAUUGGAAAAGAGAAGCGUCCGGGAAACACGAGAGGGGAAAAAGACAGAAGAGAGAGAGAGAGAGAGAGAAAGAAAAAACGAGAAAACGGAGAGAAAUGCGAGCCGCGGCGGGCAAUCGGCGGCGAUCGAAAACGAUUCGCGACGAGCGUGUCGAGAAUGGAGGAUAAAUUUAUCUUCGCGUCGCGACAGGAAUGCGGCAGAAGCGCGCGCGGAGGACGAGAGAGCGCACGAGAGAGUUUUACACCGCAUAUAUAAACGCGGAACGCGCGCCGUAGUCGCAUUUCCGGUUUAAAUUUAAACGCGCGAUGACCACUCGCGCCGUCGCGCAAUUAGAAGCCGCUAUGAGGAUCACCGAAGUCAAUUGGAGAGCGUACGAUGUCGGAAGGUGGACGUGCAGUGAUCUGGCUCCUAGUAUCAGCCCUUCGAGCUGCACGCCACCCGAAAGAUUCACGUACUAACCUAGUUGCACCUGUGUGUGUCGAACCCACCAGUUGCAGAGUAGCGCACCGCGUAACCCCAUGACGCAUUUAACACAUGGCCCGCCUGGAGAUACCAACCAUAGUGGUGUAUAAAGGAAGCAGGUCGCAAGACCGACCUGAGAGUCCCACGGUGGUGGUGCGAGGUGGUGGAAUGCCCUCACUGCCGUCCGCCAGGCAAGGCCUCGCCGUAAGUGGCUCUGGUGCUGGUGCACCUCACCAGGACGCCUCGGAGUCGGAUAUGAUAGACGGGAAUGCCAACCCCAACUUCAGCACCUCCCCUGCACCGUCGAACUCGCUGCACCGUCCCGCGCCUUCCUGUCCGUCGUCCGACAAAUCGGACACCGAAAGCAAGUUUCGUAGUCGGGCAAACGAAAAAAAAUUGAAGCUGUUGGUCAGAAGCCAUGCCAUGAAAGAGUCGACGUCUCCCCCACGGGAGCCGCACGGCAACGGUUCAUCGUCGCCGCACAGUCCGCAAUCGGCGGACGGCGAGAAGAAGAAGAUCGACUUCUCGAUCAAAGCAAUCUGCAAGUCAGCGGCAAUUCUCAACAACAACGAGGCCAUAUUUAACAGCAAUCUCUGUCUCGCUCAAUCACCCAAGCAAAUGCGCAGCACAGCGACCUCACCGACUUGUCGGACACCUUCACGAAAUGGUCAAUCUAGUCCCUCUCAGGUUCUUACACAUUCACCAAAGACUUCUUCAACUAACGGCAAUAAGUUGGAGAACAAUCGUUUCAAGCUCACGAACACGAAUAACGUACAGAAAUGCAAUAACUGCGUGAAGAACAAUCAGAGCGAGCGACCCGGUCUGCUGCAGACCCCGAUCUCGCCCUCGAAGACCGGUCAGGCGUUGCAGCACUCGCCGAAGAGCACCAAUCUCGCGCCGAGCUCGCAGAACAAUCAGUCCAAGUCCGAGCAACGCAGGCCGAACACGCUGAACAUCUGUAACAAUCAAUGCUCGGCGCAAUGCGGCAACACGCUCUCGGUGACCAAUUCCGGAUCCAGGCACAAACUGAGACAUCAGAACUCGUCCCAGGGCAGUUACGACAGCGCGUCGCCGUGUCUCUCGCGCGACAGCAGUACGGAGAUGUGCUACACGGAUUCUACCGGAAUUGAUCUGGAACAAUUUAUCAUGCAGACGCUCAAUCGUAAUCAGAAGGAUCGCUCGGUUAUGUUGAGGAUCGAGAAAGAUCUGACUGAGUUUGCGAAGGACCGACAGAAGGCCUCUUACAAAUUCCCGAGCAUGUCGUCGUACAACAGAAUGCUGGUGCACCGAGUGGCGGCUUAUUUCGGCAUGGAACACAACGUGGAUCAGUCGGGUAUGAGCGUUAUCGUCACGCGCACGAAGAACACGCGAAUACCGGACACGCGAUUCAGGGAUUAUAUCAGAGACGAUAUCCUGAUGACGGAAGAGCCUCGAAGAAGCAUUUUGAAGCGGGACUCGAACUCGUUCGAGGAUUCUUUUAAAUCGCCUGACAGAAUGUCGGGCGAUUAUUGCCGACGUAGCAAGAGUUUCGAGGAGCGGGAGGAGGAAUACGAGCGCGCCAGGCGGCGAAUAUUCAACAAAGACAGCAGCGGGAGCAGCGAGGCCUGGGCCUGGUCUUCGGAGGAGAGUUCGGACGCUUCCGCGAGGCAUCUGCUACAUCCUUCGGAUCACAGGCAAAAUCCCAGAUUUCAAAAGGGCGAGUCCUUCGACAUGAAAAAUUCGUUUCACGAGGUGUUGCGCCCGUCUGUUUUGAAGUCACACAGCUUCGGUGGAUAUUCCAAGGGUAUGUUGUCAAGAGGAGAUAGCGUUACGUCGACACAUAGCGCAGGAGCACGCCUCAUGAAACAAGAUUCGGGAGCCAGUAUGUGUUCACGCUUGAGUCCGAGCCGUUGCUCGAGCAGCGGUUACAAGUCGCAGAGCCAACGCAGUGAUGCGACGAUAUCGCCAUCUCUGUCGCCGUCGCCCGUACCGGCCGCUAUGACGUGUAGUCACACUCAAGUAUCUAGUCAAGACUUAGCCUCGCCGGAUUCGAACCAGACCGUUAUGUGGGCAGUGACCAGUUUGUCUAGCGUGCCGCCCGGAAGCAUAAUUAUAAACCCGCAGACCAAUCGGCCAUACACAAACUCGGACGGCUCGGUUUACCGUUACGACCCGGACAAUCCGCCAAAGUUUUUUAACAUAGAAAACGAGAGCAAUGUAGUGCCAUCUAAACAACACGCGGAACAAAUCCCCGAGCCACCUAAAUCGACAAACGGCAAUCCCAAAAACGACAGCAAGAAGCAGCGAUCGUCGCAGUCGAAGAUCGACAACGCGACAUCCUCAAGUGAAGCUCAAGUGACGAACACAGCGACCUCGCCGAGUCUGCCGUUCACGCCACCGCCGCCGCCGCCGCCACCUUCUGCUCCAGUUUUGCAGAAUCCAUCUAUUCCUCAACAGCAACAACAAUCGCAGCAACAGUUGCAGCCGCAGCCACAACUGCAACCGCAGUCACAGCCGCAGCAACAAAAUCUAGUCAAAUCGUCAACGACAGCACAGACAUAUAGUCACACAAACCAAACGGCUCAAUCGUACGCGACUUAUGUACCUACCUCAGAACAAUUUAACCAUGGUGUCUACCCGCCCCCCAUGGGACAACCAACUGUGAUGAUGGCGCCUCAAGGUCAAGCGAGUUUGCAGAACGGCGGGCAGGGGGAUGUCUUCAAUCAUAAUCAGGUCUAUGCCAAUUACGCGGUGUCUAUGCCUCAAGGACCAAUACCACAGUCAGGAGAUGUAUCUGAACUUUCCGGGUAUUUUAUGGGAAUGAACGUCUACGAUCAGCGUGGCAGCGGUGACAGUCAUCCCACGCCCCCUCACACGUAUCCCCAACCGCCGCCAUCCACGGUACAAAAUGUUCAGACGGUACAGCCGAAUUAUUGGCAACCACAACCGAAUCAAAUACCGGCUCCACAAACAAUGUACUUCGUGCCUCCUCCCGGAACGGCAAUUUCCGUCGGUCAAACUCCAGGAGAAAGGCAGCAAAGGUUGCAGACCAAUUACUCCUUUAACGCGCAAACAAUGACACCUCCGAGCCAAACAAAUUCUAAUUACGUAGGCAGUUAUCCGGUACCUUACAGUUCAGUGCCGGCAGUAACCCCGACACCGGGUGAUUAUACGUAUCAACCUCCGGUCCAUAUGGUUCCUACGUAUUUUCCGCCGGGACAGCCGGCGAUACAACCGCCGCCUGUGAUGUAUAGAGUACCUACGCCACCCAACACGCCAACGUCUACUCAGAUACCUGGUAUGCCGUUGAUGUACGUCAACUCGAGCAGCUACGCUGCCGCCCAGGCGAUUGUGUCUGGCGGAACAUUCGGACCUCCCAACGGCACCUCUCCGGCCCCGCCCGGCACGUACAUGGCGCCACUAGUUCCCAAUCUUGUAUUCAGACAGAAUGUUCCUGUCGUUCCCGGUGUUCGGGCGACAACGCCAGGCAACGCCUCCCAGAGAAGUCGGUCCCCAACCCCAGCGCACGAGGUCUUCGGUGGUGGGAGCGGGGAUAGAAGCGCACAAUCUCAGCCACGUUACCCACUGCCAAUGUAUCAGGGUGUCCAUAUCGUGCAAGGGGAUAUGAGAUUGAUGCAUCCUGGCGUACCAACUAACCCCCGGUUGCAGUAUGCACCAAUAUCAUCACCGCCCGUUAUUCAAGGUUGCCCACGACCGUACAGGCCGCCAUCGUAUUCAUCUAACGCCUCGGGCGCCUGCACUCCCACUUCCUUCGACGGCAGAAAUCAGAAGAUUCGCAAACAGAGGUCCAAGGUAGCGUCUUUGCCACCGAGCGGUGCACGGCCCAAUUUUUAUCAGGCACCUUCCAUACCAUCGCUCUCUUCGAACGCGCCCAAAGACAUCAGAGAAGCGAAACCUAUGGAAUACAGUAUGAUAUAAGGAACGGUGAAGGUGACGAUCAACCGUCGGAAUCAACUGGUGCAAUUUUGAAAGAAAAGAAAACCAACCCGUAGAAUAACAUCGCUGAUAAUUGCGAAUCGCAACGUCGUCUGCGUCGUCGGCCGCAACAACAAUCGACGUCGUGUUCAGGAGAGAUACACGGUAUAUAUUCUUCUCGCUUAACAAAAAAAAAAAAAAAAACGAAAAAAAAACAAAAAAAAAACUCAUUUUAUCCUAAAUUAUUCGAUUAAAGAGUGUCGAGAGAGAGGAAAAAAAACGCUCCGGAUAGGAAUCGCCCGAGUUCCUAAGUAUAUACACAUGCAUGUGUGCGUGAACACGUAUGUGCGUAUAUAUAUGUUCUGAGUGAAAAGUGCGCGAAAAAUUGGUAUGUUGUAACGUGAGCUUCUGUUUUUUCCGGACAACGCGCAAACGACGGGAUUUAACUCUUUUGCUCGGGGGAAAAAGGAAACACAAAAAAAAAAAAAACUUUCGUUCGCAACUGAACAACAUUCGAAUUGAACCAUGACAAUGCGAAAGAACGAAAGGAAGAAGAACGAAACAAAAAAAAAAAAAAAA